UGUGAGGUUCCAAUCGUUCAUUCACAAGAUUUGAGGAGUAGGGAUCGUGUGUAAGAGAGCGCGCGCCGUACACGAGCUCACUGGAGAGCUACAACCUUGGAGCUCGUGUCUAUUUAUUUAUUAUAUAUGUAAACCAUAUUUAUAUUCAAUACAAAAGCUUUGUUUUUAUUUCUGCCCCUGUAUCAAAGUUUUGCAUUCUAUCGGUUCACUAUGCGUUGGACAAUGGGAGCAUUUUCAAUGGAGCAGGGAGUGGGAUUGCUGUGGAGUGGCUGUUUGCUGCUGGAGUGGCUGGCGGUGGCGGGAGCAGCGGGCAGCCUGCUGCUGGACACUGGCGACAUGCACUCGAGCUUCGUACACCGGCGCCUGAAGCAGCACGAGAAGAGGGACAUGCAGCGGGAGAUCCUCUCCAUCCUGGGGCUGCCCCACCGGCCACGGCCGCAUUCACACGGCAAGCAGGACUCGGCGCCGCUCUUUAUGCUCGACCUGUACAACGCCAUGUCCAGUGGCGGCAGCGGCGGCGAAGAGGAGGAGGAAGAGGAGGACGGCGAGGGCUUCUCGCACCGCUACAGAGCCGUGUUCACUACGCAGAGCCCGCCGCUGGCCAGCUUGCAGGACAGCACCUUCCUCAACCAGGCCGACAUGGUCAUGAGCUUUGUGAACUUGGUUGAACAUGAAAAGGGCUUUGCACUCUACCAACCACAUCACCAAGAGUACAAAUUUAACCUGUCCCAAAUUCCAGAAGGAGAGGCUGUCACUGCAGCAGAAUUUCGGAUUUACAAGGAGUGGGUGAGAAGGCAUUUCGAAAAUGAAACCUUUCAAAUCAGCAUCUACCAGGUGCUCCAUGAGAAUGUCAACAGUGAUACAGAUCUGCUCUUGUUGGACACUCGGACCGUUUGGGCCUCUGAAGAAGGCUGGCAGGUUUUUGACAUCACUGCGACCAGCAAUCUGUGGGUGAUGAGUCCACAGCACAACCUUGGGCUCCAGCUUCAUGUGCAGACCAUUGAUGGACAAGGUAUCAACCCCAAAAUGGCAGGUCUGAUUGGGCAACAUGGGCCUCAUGACAAGCAGCCCUUUAUGGUGGCUUUCUUCAAAGUCAGUGAGGUGCACAUUCGGACAACACGAUCAGUUACAAGCAAGCGCAAGCACCAUGGCCGCACCAAAUCUACAUCCGUUCAAGAGUCGCCCAGAGCAGCAAGUUUAACUGAAUACAACACCAGUGAUCAGCGACAAGCUUGCAAAAAGCAUGAACUGUAUGUGAGUUUUCGAGACUUGGGAUGGCAGGACUGGAUAAUAGCACCUGAAGGUUAUGCAGCAUAUUACUGUGAUGGAGAGUGCUCAUUUCCUCUUAAUGCACAUAUGAAUGCAACAAACCAUGCGAUCGUACAAACACUGGUCCACCUCAUGAACCCAGACUACAUUCCCAAGCCCUGCUGUGCUCCCACUAAGCUGAACGCAAUUUCAGUCCUCUUCUUCGAUGACAGCUCAAACGUUAUAUUGAAAAAAUACAGGAACAUGGUGGUCAGAGCAUGUGGCUGUCAUUAAAAGGACAAGAAAGUUCAUCUUGACCUGAAACUACUGGAGAGUAACUAUAUCCUGAGUGCAUAGUGAUAUACAUCCUGGAGCAAUACCUCUGUAAAUAAUGUUUACAAUUUUUUUAAAAAGUUUCUACUUAAAAAGGCUUUUGUAAUAUAUUUUGUACAAAGUUUUCAUAAGAAAUGUAAUUUAUUUGUUUUGGGGUUUUUAUGGUAACUGUGUUUUUAACUAGGGGCUGUAAUGAUGAUGCUAGCAGCCACUAGGCUUUAAGAUGGUAGAAGACCAGGUGAGAGAUUCUGGAGACACUUCAGUUACAGUUUUACAGUUUCAAAUUUGAGCAUUAUGAAAAGCUGCAAGACCACUUCAUCACAGCCCCUGGUUCAGGCACACCAUGCACAUUACUUUUAUGAAACGCACUCUGGACAAUCAUUUUUAAGAAAUGUUUAUUAGAAAUUGCCAAGUAGUGUAAACUAUUGACAUAAUCCCACAUUUGUUUAAUGAUUCUUUUUAUACAAAAAUCUAAGUGCCAACCACACACACACUUACUGCUCCCUUGCCUCUCUUAAAGAACAAUUCAUUCUCCAUACAUACAUGCUAACAAUAAAUGAUGUUAAAGUCGUGGGUUUUUUUUGUGCAGUUUGCUCACACAAUAUACAGUUUGGCAUCUUGGGGCUACACUCAUUAUUUUUUUCCAAGAAUUACCUUGCCAAUGGCAACCAGCUUGAAUGCCUUUGGCAUGUUUGAUGCAUUCAUUAAAUUUGAAAUUCUUCAACUUUAACUUUUCAUUUUAUGCUAAGUUUUGCGCUCUCAUUCACUUCUCUAGUGUCCAGUUCUUUUAAAAUAAAUUCAAUAAAAAGCAGUGUGUUUCUGGAACUAUUUACCACAUAAAUUAAAGCUCAAAAGGGGGAUAUAGCAUGUUACCAUAUUAUGUGAUAACUGCCACAUUUACCCAGUUUUGUUCACAAGGGAUUUAAUUGCUGUUGCUUUUUGAGGGGAAAAACAAUCCCUACAUGGAUACUGCCCAUACUCUUGUUUUUUUACACCAGUAUGUGUUGUCUCAGUCUUUCACACUCUACAAAUGUUAUCAAUCACUCAUUAUAAACUGGCUUGGCUUCCUUCUUAUUAACUUGUGCAGAUGAAUGUGGCUUGAAGAUGCACUGAGGUAUUCGUGUUUAGUUUUCUCCCCACAGUACUGUAAUUAUUAACCAGGUACACUUGAUAGCCGGUGAUUGUCUGAUAACAACACAUGAAUCACAUCCAUUUGAGUUUUAAAAGAUGGCUAAUAGGGGUGAUAAACAAGCAAGAUCUCACCACUCACUACCACAUACUUAGAAGGCACCACUAUAUGAUGAAAGCGAAGUCAACUUCUUCAUCUAGAAGGCUGGUAAGUUGGCAAUAACCUUUAUGGAAUACGUUGAUGACCAUGAAGAAGUUUACACAUCAAAAAAACACAAACUUGUAAACAGUGACACGAGGUGGUGGCUGGACAAAAAGGACAUGUUUUACAGUUCGUCCCUGGCUUGCUGUAGGAUGUAGUUGUGAAGAGCUUCCAAAUCUCUCGCUCCAUUGUAUUCACUUUGCUGCUGUCCACCACGGAACAGCAGCAAUGUUGGAUAACCACGGACCUUAAAAUAAAAACACACUUUAGUUUUCUUUUUCCCUUUUAUACAUCUACCCACAAUAAGAGUGCCUGUACCCAAUACAAAUACACCACUGGGAACCACUUGCACAUGUGCAAUUGUAUCUGUGACAUCAGGUCAGCUCUCUUUUGCCCAUUUAAACUUUUAACUCAAUCCUUUUAAGGCCACAAACCCAACUAGAGGAGGAAAAAUAACCUUCUAGUCGAUCUAUUUUCUGGGGAAGGAAAUCUUGAAAGUUUGAAGUCUUACCCUUUAAUAAAGUGUACUGAUUAAAAAUAAUACUAGAUAUUAGAAGAAAGUUCCAUUAGACUGGCUUCUGAUCUGAGAGAAUAUCAGGGGGUACCUUCAUCAAUUUUACCUUCCGCUCAACUGUUUACUCAGCCAUGAGAUUACUGGGCUGGCCUGGGGGAGGAGGAAGUCAAGUGCUAGAGGUACAGAGUCAUGGUAGACUAACACACUCAUCCUCUGCAAAUGGUGUAUGUUUACACAAAAAGGGUAUUUCUAAUCUACAAUCUUACCACCCCCACAUUAAAUGUAUCCCUUGUCUCAUCGGUCAAUUAAAAAUUUGUAAACAGACUCUGAUUUUUGUUCAAUUGAUGCACUAAGUGAUCAGAAUCCUGGGCCGAAUGUGAAAUUAAAAUCAGACAGAGACAGAGACAGUCUCUAAAUGGGCUGAAGACCUUGAGUGGAAAUCAAGCUAUAGAGUAGUAGAUGUAUAAACCAUGAAUGUUAAACUCUAUCCUAUGCUUUAAAACAAUAGGAAACUACUGGUGCCUACUGCCUGUACAAUACUUGUGUUAUUUUCUAACUGUCUAUUUUCUCUACAAGUGGCAUGCUUGAAUUAGUUGUUGUCAGUUGCGAUGCAUUCAAUGUUUGCUUCUCAUCUUGUUCUGAUCCUAAAUUAUUAUUGCCUUAUUACCUAUUUCUAUAAAUGAGCCACUGCUAUUUGAGUGUGUGUUCUAUUUCCCUUCAAUUUAUUGUUGAAUUUAAUUGUAUGGAAUAUAAUGCUAUUUCCCAAUUUCUCAGCAGGACUGAAGCGUCAUAUCCCUGAUAUGAUCUAAUCUGUGAAAUUUAAGUAUCUGGAAUUAAAAACUACAUCCCAGUACCUGUAACCUGGUGAGAUGUACCUUACCAAUUUGUUGUCUUGCUUAUAGCCAUCGUGCAAUCACUUUUGCUUUUUCAACCUUUGACUUUCUUUUUAACCUGCUACGCCAUUGAGAAUUUUUUCCACUAUAUUUUUAGUUUUUAACCAUUUCCCCAAAUCAUAGAUGACAACAACAUUGUUGGGAACCACAUUUGGAACAUUUAAGACUUUCACUAUCUACAGAGGAACCUCGAUUAGCUGAGGAACACAGGAGAGAGGAAUAUUUCGGAUAACUGAAUGGUGGAUAACACAGUUUAGCCAAGCAUCGGGACCCUUUCAAUCUUGCUGGAUAAUCCAAAAUUCGGAUAAUCAAGGUUCCUCUGUAAUCGGUGAUACCCUAAUCUAAGGCAAAUUAGAAUUUGAUAUUUUUUAUUUCAUACUCCAGUCCUAAUCACUUGUAUUUAACAAGCUCAUUAAUCCUUGCUGUCUGUAGAAGAGAAGUUCAAUGAAAGCUAAGUCAUUGAACAUAUUUUAGUAUUGAGUUAAGACAGUUUUUUGACCCACAAGUAUUUAAUUCAACUUAAUGGAGGGCCCUAACACUCAAUUUAAGAAUUUAUGGUGCUGGGGAAGAGGCAAGUGUUGUUAAGGCUCUAAUUAGAUUAUCCAUUUUCAUCUUAUGGCUCAGGAAAAUGAAUAGCUUAAAAACCAGAUCUAUUACAAACCAGUCUUUUUGAAAUAAAAUAAGGAAACAAAUCUUUGUAGAAGAUAGGGCAGAAAACUAGGGCUGCCUUUCUCAAAAGGCAAUUGAUUCAAGAUCAAGACCAGCCAUGAUCUCACUGGUAAAACACAUAUGGGCCUAAAUGUUGUCACCAUAGUCUUACAGACCAUAUGGGCCGCUCUCUCAUUAGAGCGAAGUAACUGGUGGUGAUUUAACCUGAGGGCCACCGGAGGGAGGAGGUUAAGUAGCAGUGUCCUUCAUGGUAACAUCAAACCAGUGAAGGGAAUAGAACCCAUGCUGUUGGCAGUCACAUUGCUCUGUAAAAUCAACAAUCCAGCCAACUGAGCUAAACCAUUUCCCUGGGCCUAAAUAGCUUCCUCCUGGCCCUACAGCUGUCUUAGAUCAAUCAUAAAACGUACAAACUGACACUGACAUUAUGGCAUCUGCUGCCAAGAACAUAGUCUUUGUCUUAACUCCCAGUGCAUCUCAGAUUAUCUCUUGGUAGUUAUGUUCAUAAGCAAAGGAAUCCUCGUUUACAACUUCAAUCUAGGAACGCAUACUGGAAAUGGAGACCCUUUGUGAUCAGAACUAGAUAACAUCUAUUGUCACGAUUCACACAAAUGCCACUUUGACUCGAGUGUGAGCAAUGCUGCUGAAACUAUAUCCUAGCGUGGUUGAUACUUCAGAAAGAAAGUGAAAACAGUAACUGCCUUCUUGAUUAUCUCUUUCACUAGUACCCUGCUCAUUUCAAGCAGGCAAAAUGAUAUUCGAGAAAGGAAAAAAUAGUGAAUAAUUUAAGGCCCCCAAUUUCGUGUUGAAUUAAAAAUGUUUGCUUGACUACAUAAAAUGAAGCUGGUUCUCUUUUGCUUCAUCAGAUUUUAUAGUAAUUGUCAAGAUAGCAUGGAGCACAGGCUGACUGAGGUAUCACUACCCUUUAUUUAGUAAGAUGCUCUUAUAGGAUUUAUGAUUAAACAGACGUUUCUGUGAUCUUUUCUUUAAAUAUUAGAAACUGAGUAGUGUAUAAUAUCUGGAGAAUUAACUGAUAUCCCAAUGUUACCCAGAACUACUGCACUUUCACCAAAAUAACUUUCUCCUGUCCACUUAAACAGUUUCCACCUUGAACACCACCAUAACCAACAGUACAACACUAACAAAUUGGCACAAAAGUAAGUGUCUCUAUUGGCUUAAUAAAUAAUUAUAGAACAAGACCUCCCUGACAGAGGCAAAGCACUAAGACAGCUUGCAAACAAGUUAUUUUUCAGGGAUGUUUUGGGUUCUAGAUGGAUAUAUUCUAGUUUUUAAAAGCCCUCUCUGCACUAACUCCCCAAAUGGGCAAUACAACAUUCUCCUGCCUUUCCAUUGUAACUACUCAUUCUCUCUUUUUAGUUAAGGCUAAUUCCUUUCUGAAUGCAUCAGUUGGACUUGUUUCCAAGACUCUUAGCCAGUGCAUUUCACACCUUACCCAUUCACUGCAUGAGAAAAGUCUUUGUCAUUUUGCUUAUUUUGUCAUUUACUUUAAAUAUUCAUGAUCCAUUCAUGAGUAGGAAUAGUGAAUUCUGUACAGGCCCCUCAUGAUUUUUGAAUGUGUCUAUCAAAUUUCCUCUAUCUUCUCUCAGGAAAAUAGUCCGAACUUCAAUCCAACUUCACAUCUGAGGUUUCUCACUCCUGGAACCAAAACUUUCACAAGGAGGAAGAUGACCGGGAAGAGGGCUGUCAACUUAUAAUAUUGUCCAUAUAGUUUCAAACCAAAAAGCAUUGAUUCACUCCCUACUUAUGAGUAGCAAUUAACAAUUCAAUGGCAGCCUGUACUAGACCUGAUGUUUUAUAUGCAAUAGACUAUCAGUGAGCAGGUCUUACUGAUGGAUAGUCUUCAUGGCACUGAACAGUAUCCUCAACCAGUGUAUGAAAGUUAGCCUUGACUAGCUUGUAUUUUACAGCAUUUGCUAAUGUAUCUCAAAAUCAAAUAAAGCUUGUAAUGUUUUCCAAAA